CAAUAUGAGCUUUAAAAAUAAUAAAGAAUUUAUUGAGAUCGGGGAUGUAGUAACUUUGUAUAUAAAUCCGAAUAAUAUGCAUCAAAUAGAGGUGAAAGAUAAAAUAGUGAAUAAAAAAGGUGAAUUAGUGGAUAAUGUUUUUCAAACAACUUAUGGGGCUUUGAAAGUUUUAUCCCUCGUGGGAAUCAGGUAUGGCUCGAAAGUUGAUCUUUCAAGAGGUUGGGCGUAUGUUUUACAACCAACUCCAGAAUUAUGGACUUUGACUCUUCCACAUCGGACACAAAUUAUUUACACACCUGAUAUAAGUUUGAUAAUUUAUCUUUUGGAUUUAGUACCUGGAAGUAUUGUGAUUGAAACAGGAACUGGUAGCGCAUCACUGUCUCAUGCCUUAAUAAGAACUGUAAGGCCAAAUGGGCACUUGCAUACGUUUGAUUUUCAUGAACAACGUGUAGUAUUAGCCCAAGAAGAAUUUAAAAAUCAUGGUAUAGACGAGUUUGUUACCGUAAAACAUAGAGAUGUUUGCACGGAAGGUUUUGGUGAUGAACUUGACGAUAUGGUUGAUGCAGUAUUUCUAGAUUUACCUCAUCCAUGGUUAACCAUUGAUUUUGCUAUCAAGUCAUUAAAAAGAAAAGGUGGAAAGUUGUGUUCAUUCUCCCCCUGUAUCGAGCAAGUUCAAAGAACAUGUGCAAAAUUAUCAUCAAUGGGAUUCAUAUCAAUAGAAACCUACGAAUGUUUACAAAGGGAAUUGACAGUUCAACAAAAAAAUUUGUCUGUAUUAAAUUUGGCAUAUUUGAGGGAUAAGACUGCUGAAAAUGUAACAAAAUUUGAUGAACCUUCUAAGUUAACAACUGUUUCACAUCCAUCGUCAACUCCAGGACAUACUGGAUUUAUAACUAUUGCGAUUCUCCCGCCGGAAUGUAUUGAUGAAAGAUAAUAUUAAUAAGUACUUUAUUUUU